AUGACCGCCGCGGUCCUCCCGCACAAGCGGGCUCUCGCCGAGUCCCGCACGGGACAGAACCUCCCGCCCACGACACCCUCGGGGACAAAGAGAAGAAAGACGGAGCUCUUUGAGUCGUCACCAACUGUCCAGUUAUCUAGUGCUACCAAAGGCCCUCGCUCGAAACUCCUAGGCUCCAGCCAGCCCAAGAGUGCCUUCGAGUCCGAGGUUCUCGAGAAGCUCAGCCAGGACAUUUCCGAUGCGAAGAAGAACAACACAGAAAAGGACCAGGCUUGGGAGCGACCUCCUGUUGUCGACUUUUCGCCACAAAAGAACAGCCUCUGCUUCCAGUCCAUCGAGGCGGAAGAGGGCACGCUGCACGGUGGUAGCGCCACUGUGAAGCUCUUUGGUGUCACAGAGGAGGGUCACUCGGCGAUGCUCCAUGUCACUGGCUUCAGACAUUACUUGUAUGUCGCUGCCCCGAUAUCCUUCCAGCAGCAGGAUUGCCCCGGGUACAAGGCAUUUCUCGAGACACAAAUUGCCCAGCACCAGCCGGCUAUCCACUCCGUGAGCUUGGCGCUCAAGGAGGAUAUUUACGGAUUCCAGGGCAAUGUUCGCAGCCCGUAUAUCAAGAUCACUGUCACAGAUCCUAAAGUCAUCAACAAGGUUCGAACGACUAUUGAAAAUGGUGGCGGUAACUGGAAGGGCAUGUGGGGGGCUACUGAUGGCGGCCUCAAGACCUAUGACAAUAUCCAGUAUGUGCUGCGAUUCAUGGUCGACUGCAAGAUUCAAGGCAUGGCUUGGGUAGAGGCCCCCGCCACGACGUUUAAGCUCAUUCCCGAACACAGUAAGCAGUCCAACUGCCAGAUCGAGGCCGAAGUUCACUACCUUGACCUUAUUGCCCAUGCACCCACUGGCGACUGGGCCAAGAUGGCACCCCUCCGAAUUCUGUCGUUUGAUAUCGAAUGCGCUGGUCGCAAGGGUAUCUUCCCCGAGCCCGAGAUGGAUCCGGUUAUUCAGAUUGCCAACGUCGUGACGAGAUACGGAGAAAAGAAGCCCUUUAUUCGAAACGUCUUUUGCUUGGACACUACGAGUUCUAUUGUCGCUACACAGAUUCUCGAGUUUGAAAAGGAAACCAAGAUGUUGAGCGACUGGCAAAAGUUUCUGGUUACUGUUGACCCCGACAUCAUUAUCGGUUAUAACACUAGCAAUUUCGAUUUCCCAUAUCUCUUGGACCGUGCCAAGCACCUAAAGGUCAAUGGCUUUGAAUACUGGAGCCGUAUUCCAAGCACACCCUCCAAGUGGACAACGUCCAACUUCUCCAGCAAGCAGGUUGGCAGCCGCGACACCAAGACGACCAAUACCAACGGUCGUUUGCAGCUUGAUUUGCUGCAGCUGAUUCAAAGAGAUCACCACCUUCGUAGUUAUACACUCAACUCUGUGUCGGCGCAGUUUUUGGGCGAACAAAAGGAAGAUGUGCACCACACCAUGAUUACGGAACUGUUCAACGGUACCGCAGAGUCUCGCAGACGUCUGGCGCUCUACUGUUUGAAGGAUGCCUAUCUGCCUCAGAGACUGAUGGAUAAACUGUCUUGUCUGGAAAACUAUACCGAAAUGGCCAGAGUCACAGGUGUUCCCUUUAACUUCUUGCUCUCCAGAGGACAGCAGAUCAAGUUUAUCAGUCAGCUUUUCCGAAAGGCUCUUGAACAGGACCUGGUUAUUCCUAACCUGCGAUCCGAGGGUUCAGAUGAACAAUAUGAAGGUGCCACGGUUAUUGAACCUACCAGAGGUUACUACGAUGUUCCUGUAGCCACGCUGGAUUUCGCUUCGCUGUACCCCAGUAUUAUCCAGGCUCACAACCUUUGCUACACGACGCUAGUCACGGACAAGAACAAGAUCACACAGUUCAACCUCAAGAAGGACGAGGAUUACAUUGUUACGCCUAACGGCGAUACCUUUGUCACUGCGAAGCAGCGCAAGGGACUCCUCGCACAGAUUCUUGAAGAAUUGCUUGGUGCCCGUAAGCAGGCCAAACGCGAACUUGCCGUCGAGACGGAUCCGUUCAAGAAGGCCGUGUUGAACGGUCGACAGCUUGCUUUGAAGAUUAGCGCCAACUCCGUCUACGGUUUGACUGGUGCCACUACCGGUAAGCUGCCGUGUCUUGCUAUUGCCAGUUCUACCACCAGUUUCGGUCGUCAAAUGAUUGAAAAGACAAAGUCGGAAGUAGAAGCAAAGUACAACAUUGCCAACGGCUACUCGCACGACGCGCAAGUCAUUUAUGGUGAUACCGAUUCCGUCAUGGUCAAGUUUGGUACCAAGGAGCUUGCAGAAGCCAUGGCACUGGGUGAGGAAGCGGCAGCUUAUGUGUCGUCCAAGUUUAUCAAGCCCAUCAAGCUGGAAUUCGAAAAGGUCUACUUCCCCUACUUGCUCAUCAACAAGAAGCGCUAUGCCGGUCUGUACUGGACCAAGACGGAAAAGUACGACAAAAUGGACACCAAGGGUCUCGAGACUGUGCGUCGUGAUAACUGCUUGCUGGCCCAGACGGUUAUCGAAAAGGUGCUGCGUCUAAUCUUGAUUCACCGAGAUGUCCAAGGUGCUCAGGACUAUGUCAAGAACACCAUUGCCGAUCUGCUCCAGAACAAGGUUGACAUGUCCAAGCUAGUCAUUACCAAGGCACUCACCAAAGACGACUACAGCGCCAAGCAGGCGCACGUGGAACUUGCCGCGCGUAUGAAGAAGCGUGAUGCCGGUUCGGCGCCAGGUCUAGGAGACCGUGUCGCGUACGUCAUGGUUCGAGGUGCAGCCGGCGCCAAAAACUAUGAAAAGUCAGAAGACCCCCUCUACGUGCUGGAGAACAAUGUGCCCAUUGACACCAAGUACUACUUGGACAACCAGCUGGCGAAGCCUCUGACCCGUAUCUUCGAGCCCAUCUUAGGCGAGACCAAGGCACAGUCGCUGCUUACUGGUGACCACACAAGAAUCAUUUCGGUUGCUGCGCCGUCGGUUGGCGGUCUGAUGAAGUUUACAAAAAAGACACAGACGUGCAUGGGCUGCAAGAAGCCGCUCAGAGGCAAGCUUGAAAGCGACGGUGCUGUAUGCUCAGACUGCGCGCCGCGUGUAGGCGAGCUGUACAAGAAGACGCUGGACAAGGUGUCGGAUCUCGAGGUUCGCUUCGGCCGUCUGUGGACGCAGUGCCAGCGAUGCCAGGGCAGCAUGCACUGCGAGGUGAUUUGCAGUAGUAAAGAUUGUCCGAUUUUCUACAUGCGCAUGAAGGCCAAGAAGGAUCUGGAGGAUGCGGGCAAGGAGUUGUCCAGAUUCGAUGCGGACCAGGCUGCCCUGUGGUAA